AUGUCAAUAAGUGAAUACGCAAACCUUAUUCCCGCAUCUAUCAAAGAUGAUAUUGCCGCUUGGAUUAAAGAAGAUAUACCAUCCUUUGAUUAUGGGGGAUAUGUUGUUGGAGAAACUCCAGAAGUUGCGAUAUUAUAUGGAAAAUCACCUUGGUUUUUGAAAGAAGGAGAUUAUUUUGAGCCAAUAAAAGAAAUUGCUAAAGUUCAGGGAAAAGCUUGUAAUAUCCUCAGGGGUGAACGAAUUGCUCUCAAUAUCAUUGCACGUUAUCUUAAAAGGGAACAUAACUUCAAAGGCGUAAUUGCGGGAACACGAAAAACGACACCAGGUUUUCGUCUUGUUGAAAAAUAUGGGAUGCUUGUCGGGGGAGCUGAUACUCAUCGUAUGAAUCUCUCUUCUAUGGUAAUGUUAAAGGACAAUCAUAUCUGGAGUCAAGGGUCAAUAACAAAGGCAAUUGAACGUGCUAGAAAUGUUGGUGGGUUUUCACUAAAGAUAGAGGUUGAAUGUCGUACUGAGGCAGAAGCCGAUGAAGCAAUUCGAGCUGGAGCAGAUGUGAUUAUGCUUGAUAACUUUAAAGGCGAAAACUUAAGAACAUGUGCCAAAUCGUUGAAACAGAAAUGGACAAAUAAAAAAUUUUUACUAGAAUCUAGUGGUGGAAUUACAGAUGAAAAUAUUACCGAAUUUUUUUGCCCCG